CAUGUUAGAGAAACAGCAUCUAAAGCCCUCACUGUGGCCAACACUCUUUGCUCUCUAGGGAAUACUGUUCGAGGAGUCAAACCUAAUUUACUACAGCAGGCUAUAUCAGCCUGUGUACUCUAUAAAGCAUACUAUGGCGCAGAAACCUGGUGGCUAGGACGUACUCGCCCUGGACCUUCCCAGAUUUCAAACCGAGUUGGAGAACAUCUUGAGAAACUAACUAAAAUAAACCCUCUCCAAUACGCUCCCUGGUACCCUCGCGAGCCUUGUGGGAAUGCUCAAGCUCGAAUAGGAGCUCCCAUGGGACGCACUAAGGAACAGGCAGCGGCUAAUUUCAUGGCUUUUCAAUGUACCAUCCCUAGCUCAGAUAUUGUCCCUGGACACGCCAAAAUCCCUGAGAACGAAGCGGCUGAUCUCGCUGCCAAAGAGGGAGCUGCCUCAAUCCCUCCUGCUCCUCACAAAUCCUCAUACGCCUUGCUAAAGAGAUACGCCAAGACUCAAUCCCUAUCCGCUGCUCAGUCACAAUGGGAGAAGGUGGCACCACAGAGCUAUUAA